AUCCAAAUCCAAAUCCAUGGAUCAUGGAUAGCCAAGCUUGCACGCUCAUUUGUAUACAAUGAUGUUUUGUCGAUAAACGGGUGAAAAUAGAAAUCGUAUUGUUAACUACCAUGCAUUUUUAAUUAUACUAGGCCUACGUUCGUGUCUGAAAGUCCGCCACCCUUAGUUGUCGCGUUGUUAGACCUGUACCUCAUUUGGUAGCAUUGGUAGUAUGACACACAUUCUUAGCUGGGUACGUGCUGUUUCUCGUACAGCGCUGCAGCAAAACAAAUGUGCGGUGAGGCACAUUAUGAAGUAUCAUGAGCCUGAAUACCUGCAGUACCUGAAACCACCAGUGCCCGUCUACGACUACCCCAUUAACGUCCAGCUGAAGGGUUAUGACUACACGGUGCUUGAGUUCUCUGUAAAGCAAAUAUUAAAAAUAGCAUCUUUGCUUGGAACUGAAGUUUCAGAAGUUUGGGCUACCCCAUUAGAAUCUGCUUCAAUAUCAACAUAUAAACCACAGAGCACUAACAUUGAAGAAAAUUACAAGUUGAACACGUACGAGCGAAAUGUGCAGGUAAAAAAUCUCCAUGGUAUCACGGCACCGAUCUUCUUCGAAGCAGUUCAGACUUCUCUGGCUCCUGGUGUGAGACUGAGCAUUCACCAGCACAGUCCCGACCACGAGGAGAUCCGCUACAUCCCCGAUUUAGAGCUGGAAGCACUUCAGAAGGAGCUCGACGAGAUCAAGAAUCCGCCUGCGUCCCCUCACAUGAAAAGAGGGUUUUAGGUAGCUCUUCAAGGAUGGGUAAUGUUUUGUAAAGAUGUUAGUAAUAUAAAAACACCAAGUUAUGAACACAAAAUGUGCAAGGUGUUGCUUCGUGAAACGGGGCAGGGGUGGGGUAAAGUAAGUAAGAUGGAUUCUGCAAAGUGAAAAAUUCUAGCUUUUGUGAUUGCUGGAAUCUGUGUGAUGGUGGUUGAAAGCAGUUGCCUUAUACCAGGGGCCUCGAACUCAAAUGGAGUUGUGGGCCGCAUUGGCCUUCAUCAUGGAAAAGAGAAGUCGGUAAAUACCAUAAAAUAUGCCCUAAUAUACUUUACAAUAAAAAUAUACACAACAAACA